AUGGGGCGUCCUAAGGUCCAUCCCGCGAAUCGUCUGCGUGCCAAUACGGCCUGUACGACAUGUCGGGCCUCGAAGAAGCGAUGCAGUGGGUCAUUUCCCUGUACCAAUUGCAUCCACAAGGGCCGCGGCCGCACCUGUAUUCCGUUCAAGUCGAUACCGGACACAAGUCCUCAAAGUCGACCAUCGCCGACGAUUCGAUCUGCGAUUGAGGACAUUCCGGCGUGGGGUAGCUCGAGUAUUAACUUACAAAGUCCGACAGCUUUACAUACUCCCGAUAGAGCGGGUCAUCCGCUCGAGCGAGUGAUUGAGGCGGGUUCGCGAUCGCCAGAGGCUACACAUCGCACACUUCCGCGCAUGCUGCGAAACCUGCAGGGUGAAAGAGUCUACGUUGGCAAGGCCGCUUCUCUUUCGUUUCUUCAGCUUCUUCGAGAUACCGUGACUCAGCAUAUUGGACCCUCACAAUUUUCUCAUAACUUCAAUAGCGAGGAUAUGCUGGAGACGGAGGCCCGCCAUGACUCGUUGAACUUUUCAGAAGAACGUCUGGUCAAUGAUGAGAAGCGUCGAUUUAUUCAGACCUUCCACAUAGUAACAAGCGGUUUCUUGUUCCUUGGAUUAAAUAUAGAAUCAUGUUUAACCAACAAUGUGGAACCAAAGUCUGACCGAGAAAAAACUCGAGCAGCUAUUUGUGAUCUCAUGAUCGCCAUUGGGGCACAGUCAUGUCCCAACAAACCCGAAACUGUCCAGAUAGAGCGCUUUUACUUUACUCGGGGCCAGCAAAGGACAUUUGCUAAUUUCUUGGAAGACCCGAGUAUGGAUCUUGUUCGUGUGUUUCUGCUGAUGUCAUUUUAUAUGUUUGGUGCAUGCCGCCGUAACGCAGCGUUCAUGUACUUGGGCGUGGCAGCUCGAUCCGCUGUUGCAUUGGGCCUGCAUACAGAUGCUUACGGGUCGCUGAGCCGAAGCGAGCAACAGGAGCGGUCACAAUUGUGGAUGAGCCUCUGCAUCAUCGAUUUACUGGCGAGCUCAAUUCUUGGACGUCCAGCUGCCACAUCGUCUUUACUUCGGGAUAACAAACAGGCGAUCCAGCAAAUGGCAGUUACACCGGCCUCGGCCGGUGUAUUUGCCUCGUAUCAAUUGUCGCUUUUGUUGGAUGAGAUUAUUAGCUGCCUGUACAGUGAGAAAGCGGCAUCUACAGAAACAGCCGAUUUAUUGCUAGCCAAGCUGAACCGCUGGAGUGAUCAUCUACCGAACUCGCUCCGUACUUCGUCUGAGAAUGAAGAGCCCAUCAUGGCACAAGAGCGCAUUAUUGGUAAUAUGCACGUGGCCUGCUCCUAUCAUUUUGCCGUCAUACUAGUCACUCGCCCCUUUCUCAUCUCCACACUUAGUGUCCGGCUGGCCCGGUUGCACCAGACCCUCUCGGGGGUGGCUAUUGAUGCACCAGAGGAAGACCCGGCGCAUUCACGGCUUGCAGCUGCUUGUACCGAUUCAGCAGUCUACAUGCUUCAGACCUGCAUAGAAAUUCACCAAUCAGAGCUACUCUUGCGGAAUAUGGGAAUCAUGAAGGCAUUUGUCUUCGCUGCAGCUCUAGUUCUGGGAUUCUCCAUGUUCUCUCAUCGCGACGUGGAUCCGGAAAUCGACGGCGCAUUUACCGGUGCUCUGACCAUUCUGCGAAUGCUCGCUCACCAAUCGGCGCAGGCCGCCCACUACCUUGAGAUAUUGACCUUACUCGAGGCGGCUGUCACACAGCAAAGACGGCAGAUAGCUGCUCAGGCGCGACAGCGUCGCAGCCAGUACGUGAGUCGCAUUUUCAGUUUAACCGGUAGCCCGGCACCCGCGCGAGUACAGAGUGAAGACGAGGGCCGAGGCGCCGCGACUCCGCUGAUUGCGGGAGGGCCAUUCUGUCCGUGGAUUCCGCAGGAUGACGGUCCGGGGACGGUUACUCCACCGGUGAUGGACGGGGUUUUUCUGGACUGGCAGGGCAUGGAAUUACCAAUGUGGGACAGUUUCCCUUUCACCGAACCGGGAUCGUCUGUGCUAUGA